AUGUCUAAAUCAAAUCAAGCUGUUGUGUCACAUAAGAAAACCCGAGGGCUAGAGCCUGCUCAGCCUCCCUUAGCUAAUACAUCACUAGAGCCUGCUCAGCCUCCCUUAGCUAAUACACCACUAGAGCCUGCUCAGCCUCCCUUAGCUAAUACACCACUAGAGCCUGCUCAGCCUCCCUUAGCUAAUACACCACUAGAGCCUGCUCAGUCUCCCUUAGCUAAUACACCACUAGAGCCUGCUCAGCCUCCCUUAGCUAAUACAUCACUAGAGCCUGCUCAGCCUCCCUUAGCUAAUACAUCACUAGAGCCUGCUCAGCCUCCCUUAGCUAAUACACCACUAGAGCCUGCUCAGCCUCCCUUAGCUAAUACACCACUAGAGCCUGCUCAGCCUCCCUUAGCUAAUACAUCACUAGAGCCUGCUCAGCCUCCCUUAGCUAAUACACCACUAGAGCCUGCUCAGCCUCCCUUAGCUAAUACACCACUAGAGCCUGCUCAGCCUCCCUUAGCUAAUACACCACUAGAGCCUGCUCAGCCUCCCUUAGCUAAUACACCACUAGAGCCUGCUCAGCCUCCCUUAGCUAAUACAUCACUAGAGCCUGCUCAGCCUCCCUUAGCUAAUACAUCACUAGAGCCUGCUCAGCCUCCCUUAGCUAAUACACCACUAGAGCCUGCUCAGCCUCCCUUAGCUAAUACACCACUAGAGCCUGCUCAGCCUCCCUUAGCUAAUACAUCACUAGAGCCUGCUCAGCCUCCCUUAGCUAAUACACCACUAGAGCCUGCUCAGCCUCCCUUAGCUAAUACAUCACUAGAGCCUGCUCAGCCUCCCUUAGCUAAUACAUCACUAGAGCCUGCUCAGCCUCCCUUAGCUAAUACACCACUAGAGCCUGCUCAGCCUCCCUUAGCUAAUACACCACUAGAGCCUGCUCAGCCUCCCUUAGCUAAUACAUCACUAGAGCCUGCUCAGCCUCCCUUAGCUAAUACACCACUAGAGCCUGCUCAGCAUCCCUUAGCUAAUACACCACUAGAGCCUGCUCAGCCUCCCUUAGCUAAUACACCACUAGAGCCUGCUCAGCCUCCCUUAGCUAAUACAUCACUAGAGCCUGCUCAGCCUCCCUUAGCUAAUACAUCACUAGAGCCUGCUCAGCCUCCCUUAGCUAAUACAUCACUAGAGCCUGCUCAGCCUCCCUUAGCUAAUACACCACUAGAGCCUGCUCAGCCUCCCUUAGCUAAUACACCACUAGAGCCUGCUCAGCCUCCCUUAGCUAAUACAUCACUAGAGCCUGCUCAGCCUCCCUUAGCUAAUACAUCACUAGAGCCUGCUCAGCCUCCCUUAGCUAAUACAUCACUAGAGCCUGCUCAGCCUCCCUUAGCUAAUACACCACUAGAGCCUGCUCAGCCUCCCUUAGCUAAUACACCACUAGAGCCUGCUCAGCCUCCCUUAGCUAAUACAUCACUAGAGCCUGCUCAGCCUCCCUUAGCUAAUGCAUCACUAGAGCCUGCUCAGCUUCCCUUAGCUAAUGCACCACUAGAGCCUGCUCAGCCUCCCUUAGCUAAUACAUCACUAGAGCCUGCUCAGCCUCCCUUAGCUAAUACAUCACUAGAGCCUGCUCAGCCUCCCUUAGCUAAUACAUCACUAGAGCCUGCUCAGCCUCCCUUAGCUAAUACACCACUAGAGCCUGCUCAGCCUCCCUUAGCUAAUACAUCACUAGAGCCUGCUCAGCCUCCCUUAGCUAAUACACCACUAGAGCCUGCUCAGCCUCCCUUAGCUAAUACAUCACUAGAGCCUGCUCAGCCUCCCUUAGCUAAUACAUCACUAGAGCCUGCUCAGCCUCCCUUAGCUAAUACAUCACUAGAGCCUGCUCAGCCUCCCUUAGCUAAUACACCACUAGAGCCUGCUCAGCCUCCCUUAGCUAAUACACCACUAGAGCCUGCUCAGCCUCCCUUAGCUAAUACAUCACUGGAGCCUGCUCAGCCUCCCUUAUCUAAUACAUCAAUCAUUCUGCCAAGGAAAUGCUUAUGA